GUACGGUUUGGUACUUCGGUCUGGUGUGCAGUAGAUUAUAUCUGUGGUUAGUUUUUAAAGAUAUGUGAAACGAAUAACGGAGUGUAAAUAUCGCGACAUUAAUAAAUGUUGCUUGCAAGAGGAAUUAUUAUUAUAAAGCGUGACGACUGCUUGUGUUUUUUCUAGUUUUUAAAUGCUUUGCCAGCGCUUCGUAGACCGUCGACUGUAUUUGUGAAUUCCUGAUUGAUUAAUGGUGAUUCCAUAGCAAAUGAAUAUUUGCAUGCUGCAGUUAUGUGCUUCCAUUGUGAAAACAUAAUUGUUUUAUGGUGAUAAUAUGUCAAAAUCAAACAUAAGGAAGAUAACGGUUGACCCUACGAAAUGUAAUACAGACUCUCGUCGACCAAGUGUGUUUGAGAGGUUGGGGACCAAACCAGCAGUCACUGCCGGCCAAAAUUCGUCGGAUUAUUGUAGAAACUGGGCACUAAACGGCAGCUGUUCGUACGGAAAGAAUUGCAAAUAUGCAAAUACUCACACAUUAAUAAGUCCGUCCAAGCGUGCCAAAAAGGAUAAUGCUAUUGCAAGUACUACGGGACUCAUUGAGGAUCCAUUUAAAAGGCUUACUUCCAAGAUCGUAAAAAAGCCAUCGCACAGUCCCGAUUUAAAUUUGGAAGAGUGGAAUCAAACAGAUUUGGAAUACGAAGACGAAAAAGUAUUGGAAAGACGUAGACAGUUGUUGCAGCGUGAGCUAGAGCUACAAAUGAAGAAGGACAAAGAAGUUCAUGGGAAAGACAAAGUGAGACAAAAGAAAAAGGCUAUGACUUCUUCAUCGAGUUCUCAUACUUCAAGCACAUCUAGCAGUAGUAGUAGUUCUAGCAGCGAAGAUUCAUCUUCCAGUUCGACAUCUGAUUCGCGUAAGAAAGUUAAGAAAAUUAAAUCUAAACGACAUCAUAGUGGAUCUACUGAUUAUGAUGAAGAUAAAGAAAGAAGAAGAAAAUUGAAGUUAAAAAGGCUUGGAACAAAAAAUGAAAAGCCAUCAGUGAAGAAGAAGCGUAAGUUUGAAAGCAGUUCCGCGAAAAAAGAAAUUAAUGUUAGAUCAGCAAAAAAAUACAGUUCGUCUACAGCGUCAAAGAAACAUUCUUCUACACCUCGUACAAGAUCACCAGCAAUACAAAUAUCUACAGCUGUAACAUCGACAACGACUGCAGUAUUAGGUUCUUCAGUAUCUGUACCUCAUCAUGGAACAUCAAAUAAAAUUAGAGAAAGAAACAGAAGUGAAUCUCCAAAAACAAUAAAGAAUAGAGAUAUGGAGAAAGAAGAUAGACAUUACAAGAAAGUGAGAGAUAUAGAUGAAUUAUCUAAAGAUAAUGCCAAGAAUAAACCCUUUGAUAAAGUCAAAGAACAGGACAAAGAGAAAAAUCGUGUAAUAGAUGAGAAAAUAAAAGCAAAUGAGAAAUUAAAAACGAAAUGUAAAGAUAAAGAUAUACGUUCUAGAACGCCUCCGACAUCUGAUAGAUCGAAACAUCAGCACUCAAAGGAAAUAAUUUCAACGAAAACUCGUCGUAGUCGUACACCUGAAAAAUCAUCGAGAUCUAAACGAGAGCUCACGCCGCCGAAAACUCAGGAUAGACAGCUGUCUACGAAUAGAUCUCGAGACGCAGAGAAGAAAGAUCGCGAGUCACAUAAAACUGAUAAAAGUAAAGAUAGAGAGGACAUAAGAAAAAAUGAACAAAAUAAUAAAGCCAGACAAGUGUCGAACCAAGAAGAGAGUCAUAGAAGGAUUGGUAAAGAGUUCGAUGAUAAAACUUAUUUAGGUGAUAAGACUCGACAAAAGAGCAGAGAACGACGUGACAAAGAGCAUACAAGAGAUGAACGUGGGCAUUCGAGGCUUGCUCGAGAUCAACGAGAUGCUCGUGAUAAAGACAAGGAAGAUCUACAGGAACGUUGUCGUGAACGACCACGGGAAAGAGAUCGCGAUCGAGAUAGAGAUCGAGAACGUGAUCGUGAGCGAGAAAGGGAUAGGGAUCGAGAUCGCGAUCGUGAUAGAGAUCGGGAUCGUGAUAGGGAUCGCGAUCGCGACCGAGAUCGAGAUCGUGACAGAGAGAAGGAACCAAUAAAGGCAAGAGAUAGAGACGUUCCGUCUUUAGUUUCGACAUCAAUAAAUUUAACAGCGGACAAAAAUUCGCGUUAUAGUCGGGAUAAAGAACGAAUAGUAAUGAAGGAUAAUGUUUUUGAGAAGAAUGGAACUCGAGAGCGUAGAAGCGAUAGGGAAAGAGAACGAUCCGAAACGAAAGCUCUUUCUGACAGAGACAGAACAUCUCAGCGUAUUGAUAAUAGGUACGACAGGAAUACUGUGGAUAAAGAUGCAUCAGCUCGUAAGGCUGGUAUAAAUUCACCUAGGGAUCGUAUUGAUCGUUUUCCUCGAGAAAGAUCUUUGGAUAGAACAUCGUUGCUUGAUAAAGGUGUACACAAUGCCCCACCAUUGUCACAAGCUCCUUCUUUACCAACCGUUCAAUCUUCUAUAGCAUCUUCGUCAUCCUCAUCUGCACCACCUACAUUAUCAAGCUCGCGAGACAACUUACUUGACAGAAUAGAUGUCGGACACUAUGAUCGUGAAAGACACAGACGAUUCAGUACAAGAUACGACCGAAAUCAUACAUCUGAACAUGAUCAAUCACGCGUUACACCAACCAAAGUUGAUCGUUUGAUCGAAAGACGGGAAGCUAGUCCACGACGAACAAUUGAAAUUGACAGAAACUACAAUAGAAAUUAUGGGCGUUUGUCGGAACAUUGGGACGAACAGGAGGAAGCAUCUUCGCAUUUAGAUUAUCGUGAUCAUCAUGUUCAUGAAGAUGAUAGAAGAAAAACUGUCGACGGAAGAAGAUACGACAGUCCGUUCGAUGAAAGACGCGGAAUUCGCGAAGAAAGAUCUCGAGAAUCUAGAUAUGUCGUUCAAACUACCGACAGAACAACAACAUUUGACGAUCAUCGACAUCAUCAUCAUCAUCACAGACAUCCACUCUACCCUGGAGAAAAAUUAAGAAGCAACACCUCCAUACGGGAUGAAAAUGUUCCUAACGAUGAUUGGGAUAGUCAUCAUCGUGACGUGGAACAUGGGAGAGAACGAACUUAUGGUCCUGUUGAUUGGGAAGAAAGAGAAUGGCGAGUAAGAGGAUUAUGGGACAAUAGAGACAGUAUUUCUCAAUCAGAGAUGCAUGAUGAUGAUUGGAAUUCUCGAUAUGAUAAUUCUGUAUCAGAUUGGAAAUCAAGCGAGUCUCGAAAAUGGGAUAAUCAAUCAAUGCAUAUUCGAGGACACUAUAGAAACGAUCGAACUAAGGAAUUAGAAAUAGCAGAAUCCACAUCGCAUAAGUAUGUUACAAGUAAAAGAAGAACUUACAACAGUUCUGAAACUAGAGAUGAAUGUACACUUCAUAGUUCUAAACAAGCAUCUUUAUAUGGUAGUAUGAAAGAAGAACCUAUUAAUAAAAAGUUAAUGGAGCUUGCAGAAGGUAAAUUACCUACGACUCGAGAAAAAUCAGACACUUUUCAAAAGAAGGCUGUAUCGAAAGAGAAACCUGAAAUAAAAGAAACUGUUACUUCUGAAUCAAAACGUACUUGCAUUGACGAGUCUUUGCAAACGCUUCAUACUGAAAGUGAUCUUAGUGACAUUAGUGAUGACCCAGAUGACAUAUUAAAUAUGGAAGAUAUUACAGAUAUAGAUACAAAUAAAGCACGAGUAACUAAGAAAACUCCUGAUAUCAUACAACGAGAUGGCCAGCUAACAGCUCAAGAAGCAGAUCUCUCGUCUCCGAAAGAAACCAUAGAGGAAACAGUUUUCAAUACAAAAGGAAAAGAUAAUGCUGACGCGAUGUCCUUCAGAAAUAUAGAAGAUGAAAAUAUGGAAACUAUGGAUUUUGAAGAGAUUUCUGAUGGUGAAUUAGAGGAAGACAUUAAAACGAGUGGUAAAGGUUUAGGCGAUGCUUUAGGAGUUGAUUGGGAAAGUCUUGUUAAAGAAACACAACCUCGUAAAUCUGUAUCAUGUAAUAAAAAUUCAGAGAAUCGUUGGCAGUGUAAAGCGAUUCUGCAUAGAAUUGGUGUUUCUGCUAAAUAUGCAGGUGAAGAUGUAAUGAAAAAACUGGCAAAAAAAUAUGGAAACGACGAUCAUUCAGAAUUUUUCCUUCAUAAUGUUGCAUUUAUGCACACAGCGCUUGCACGAAAUCGCUUGUUACGUGAUUUAAAUAAUGAUAUGCUACCUACAGUGGAUGAUUUUCUGUAUAGAAAUACUAAUGUAAAUAAUGAUGAGGACGUGGAUUACGAUUUAGAAAUUUUAAAACCUUGUACAGCUUUAUAUGAAGAAGCAAAAUGUUUAUUACAACAGGCAGUAUGAAACAAUCUUUUAAUUUGUAGUACAUGAUAUUCAGAAUUGUACUUUGCUACUAUAUUAUAUAUAAUACAGCAUAAAGUACAAGUGCAUCAUAUUGUUACUUACUAGUCUUGUUCAGCUAUUUAACAAUUUCUGCUGCCAACUUAGCCAUUUACGGUGCAAUGUAAAAAGAAAUUAAAUUGAUACAUUUUUCUUAACAUCUAGUUCUUUAAUUUUCCAUAACUAAAUAUCUUUUUGUAUACUAUUCACUCUUUAUGUAUUCUUAAUCAAAAUUAUAAUCAUUAAAAUUGAACAUUACAGUAGAUGGUAUUUUAAAAAGAUAUAACGAUUUUCUAAACAAUAUAAUUUUAUUUUCAAAGUUA